ACUAGUAAACAUCCGUAAAUAAUAUGGAUCUGUAUCUUGGAUUGACUAGAUUGAGAAAUUGAAAAGUGUACUUUAACAAACUUAUCAUCUUUUAUUAUGGUUAAUUUUAUUUUAAAUGAUAGGCAGUUUUAAAUCAUAUUAUUUCUCUUUCAGCUAUAACAGAGUGAUAAGACAUUAGAAGCUAGCCAAUCAAAAUGAGCUACAAGACAAGCAGCAGCCAGGUGUUUCCCCAUAUUCCCCAGCAACCCCAGAACAACCAGCAAGUGAGAACGCGCAUGAAGCAGGACUUUACAGCCAUACAAGUGGGUGACCCACAUGCAGACCAAGAUAGGGACAGCCCAACAGUUCAUGUCCGACAAACCCCACCCCACAGGAGAUCCCAGCCUGUGGACAGAGAUAAUGGGACACAAUCCAAGCUGGAUGCUCUCGUGUCAAGACAGGACCAGCUCCUGCAACACCAAGAGCAAGUGUCACACAGGCAGAAUGAGAUAGCGGACCACCUGCGCAAUCAGAACCAGAAAAUGAAUGAGGCUCUAAUUAAACAAGUCCUUGCCAACAAGGAGGACAUGAUUGCAAGGUUCAACCAACAACAGGCCGAUGACUGGGACUCGUCGUCACGGGAUCUUCUACAGCAGCACAUCAAGUACAUGGUCGCAAUAAUCCGCCGGCUCAACACAGACAUUGAGGGGCUGGAAGCUGAACUACGAGGUCGAGAUAUUGCAGUGAUCGGCACAAAUGCAGCAGUCAACAAGCUUGAGGUCCACCAUGUGACCAUGUUACAUGACCUGCGGGGACGUAUCGUCCGCUGUGACACCUCGAUCGCCAAACACACAAAGGACAUCAUCAUGGUAAUGGAAGAACUACGGAGAUUAGAGGGCCUCAUUUUUGGUACCAGAGAGAAACUGACAGCCGACAUACACCGCCUUGAGGCUGAGGUAAUGUCAAUGACGAGUGAGCUAGAACGUCAGAACGGGGAACAGCGCAGUGAGAUGAACCACAUGAAAAGUGACACAGCCCACAGAAUUACCAUGCUGGAGGAUCGACAGAAGGCUCGGAUGGCGGAGAUUCACGAGGCCAUUGACGGUAACCGGGACAACAUUGACCACUACUUGGAGAAGAUGGAUGCCAAGUUUAAGGCAAUGAUUGACAAGGCAACAGCUGGGUGGGGAGAUAUGAUGUCGAGGGUAGAUGCCAGAACUGACCAGAACAUGAUGUCCAUCUUGUCCCGACUGAAGAGACUGGAGGAGCAGAUGACUAGAGACAAACAGAACAUGAAGACCGUACAGCAGAACAUUGAGGGCCAAGUGAUUGCCACAAUCCAAGAUUCCCUCGAGUACCAAAAUGCCGAGCUUGCCAAGGCUAAGAAUGAAUUCCGUAAUGGAUUCACAGAGCUGCAGGACAGCCUUGCAAACAUGAAGCGUGUUGUUGAGGGUCGACGGAAACUGAUGGGACACCAGGUGAACAAGGAACUUGGGAUGGUGAAGAAGGCCCUUUUCAUGGAGAUGCCGCCACAAGAACAGCCAGGGACAACCUUUGUGGUGAAAAAUAUUGACCGGUCUAUGGAGUGGUAAAUCAGACCAGUGAAAUACUAUGUGUUAAAUGUUUGGUACGGUCAAUCUUUUCUCCCUGUUGGUGUUUUAAGGGUCUUUUGUUUUAUUUAUUUAAUUAACCAUUAUAAAGGUGUACAAAGUACUUUCUUAUUUGGUUUAGAAGUGAAAACCAAUAUAAAAUUUUACUGGGACAUGUAUAUAUUGUUUUUGUAAAAGUGUAAAAAAUGUGUUAGAAAACUAUUUCAUUACUUUUUAAAAAAAAGUACAAUACCCUGCAAAAGAUGUUUGUUAAGUCAGUGAUUUUCUUUUGUACAUGUAAUACUACCUUAUUAGGAUCAAUUAAAAUGAGGAUCAACU